UAGUUACAGCCUGUAUUGAUGGAUACUGGGGUCAGUAUUGCAGCAAGUUGUGCAAAAACUGUGCAUAUAAUCUCUGCGACAAACAGAACGGGCAAUGUGUGUGUGCUUCACAAGAGUGUAAAUCAUGUGUAAAUGGAUAUUGGGGUGAAUAUUGCAGCAACGGAUGUGGUCAUUGUGUAGGAAAUUCCUGUAACAAACAGACUGGGACUUGCCAAUGUCUGAAUGGAUGGGCUUCGCCAGACUGUACAUUCUGUGCCGAUGGACACUGGGGUUCGUCCUGCAAUAUGACGUGCGGUCAUUGUAAAGUUGGAUCUACGUGUGACAAAUGGAACGGGAAUUGUCAUUGUGAGACUGGAUGGGCUCCACCGAAGUGUACAAGUUGUGUCAACAGAUACUGGGGCCAGUAUUGUCAUAGCAAGUGUGGUCACUGUGUAAAAUAUCCCUGUAACAAACAGAAUGGAACUUGUCAGUGUCGGGAGGGAUGGGCGUCUCCGAUGUGUACAGAAUGUGACAAAAGACACUGGGGUAGGAAUUGCAGUACAACGUGUGGCCACUGUGUUGGAAACUCCUGUGACAAACAAAAUGGAACAUGCCAGUGUCAAAGAGGAUGGGCUUCUCCUUUGUGUAAAGCUUGUGAAGAUGGUUAUUAUGGAGACAGCUGCAAUAACACUUGUGGUUACUGUUUAAAUGGCAGCAAAACAUGUGACAAAAUAACUGGACGUUGUUCUAACAGAUGUAGCUCCGGGUGGACAGGUGAUCUAUGCAAAACAGCUUGUGAAGAUGGUUAUUAUGGAGACAGCUGCAAUGACACUUGUGGUUACUGUUUAAAUGGCAACAAAACAUGUGACAAAAUAACUGGACGUUGUUCUAACAGAUGUAGCUCCGGGUGGACAGGUGAUCUAUGCAAAACAGAAUGUACCAAUGAAACAUAUGGUAUCAACUGCAAGAAAACGUGUGAUAAAUGCAAAGAUUCAAAUUGCGAUCGUUUGAAUGGCACUUGUGUAGAUGGAUGCAUUGAUGGAUAUAUCAAACCCGAUAUCGGAUGUGUAGAGAAACUUGUUGGAGAUUACAGUUCAGUGGGACUGUCCGCUGGUGGAGUAGCCGCUGCUGUUGUUUUUGUCGUUGUAGUCGUGGCUAUAGUCAUCGCAAGGAAAAGACGACCAAGGAAACUGAGGACCGUUAAAGAUGACGUCACUGAUUUAAGAUGUACAUCUCCUCCAGGUAGAGGUACGGAUAAUGACGAAGAGAGUUUAAGCGAUGACGAUUUGUUACAGAUGCAAGUCUGGAUCAGUCCCAAGAUGGAGGAUGAAAACAUAUAUGUAAAUAUUGGACAGAACAAGAUCGACGUGGCUAACCUGCAUUCGUUCAUUCAGGGCAAGGCGGAGAAUGAAUUUAAGGAAGAGUAUGGGCUGCUGCCGUCUGGAUUGCAGCCUUCUCAUGAUAUUGGGAAGAAACCAUGCAACAAAAUUAAAAAUAGAUUCGUGGCCAUCUUUCCUUACGUCGGGUGUCCGCGCAAGCGAUCCGAAAUCGGCUGCGAACCGCUCACCUCUACGCACCGCGCCCAUAUGUUGGAACCAUUUUGA